AUGCUGCAGAUCCCCGUCGCCAUCUACCUCCUCUGCAAGAGCAACCGAAUGACGCCCAGCGCCCUGAUCCUCGACAUCAGCGUGUGCGCCGACGUGGUGGUGACCGUUCUGCUGGCCAGCAGCGUCGGUGCGGGGUUUGGCGCCACCAACAACUUCUUGCGGUACGUCUGGAGCCGCUACACGAGAUGGGAGGACAACAGCGUCAAGGACGACCUCGAGGACUACUACAACAAGGCCUUCGUCCCCUUGGUCUUCAUCCUCCUCGGGAUGGUACUGUCCAUGGCCGCCACUGUCGUCUCCACCAGGCUCUGGGCCCGGGCGACCCACACCGACGACGCCGACGUCUGA